UUGACUGAUUUUGUUUUGCUGCCUCGUAGCUGAUCACUUAAAAUUCUGUCUUGAACUUUUAGGGUUAUGAAACAAAUGUUGGCGCGAGGGGUACCCAGUUGUCAGGUGGGGAAAAACAGCGGAUUGCCAUAGCUCGUGUCCUUUUCCAUGAUCCUAAAGUACUGUUGCUCGACGAGGCUACAAGCGCAAUGGAUGCUCAAAACGAAAAGGUAGUUCAGCAAGCACUUGACCAGGCACAGGAGAAACGCACGACAAUUAUUGUUGCUCAUCGAUUAUCGACGAUACAAAACUGUGAUUUAAUCUGUUUGAUGGAUCCCAAAUCAGGACGAAUUAUUGAACAUGGUAAACAUUCAGAUCUCAUUCAGCAACGCGGCAUCUAUUAUAAAUUAGUAGUGGGUGAAUGA